AUGCGUUAUACUUAUUACCGUGUGUUCAGAUAUGCAAGAAGAGGAGUUCGAAAGGUAUUUCUUUCGACCUUUAUUAUUACCUUUGUUUUUAGAAAAUUGUGUGGUUGAAUCUCUUCACCAAGGUUAGUGCCCAAUGCCAACAUCCGAAAACUAAUUAAACACAUUGUGAUUUUACUUUUUAGGUUGUUAUAGUUAUGACUGAUGGUCGUUCCUAUGACAGCGUUGUUGGGUCUGCUCGUUUAUUUCGCGGAAAGAACAUCAAAUGUUACGCGGUGGGAAUUGGCCGUAAAUUCAACAGAAGACAGCUGCUACAGAUAGCAGGCGGGGACAGGCGCCACGUGUUGACGGCAGGAUUUAGGAAUCUACGAUCCAUCGCAGGAACUAUUGGACGACGAGCAUGUAAAGGUACAGCUAAACUGACCGUACCAUCAUGGUACAAAUGACUGUUUACUUAAUAGAUGAUGAAGUUCUUAGGGAAAUAGACGGACACUUUGAACAACGAUAACUUUAUCGGCAGAACAUUUUAUAUAUUUUUGUUGUGAUUUGUAGCGUGGAAUAUAUUGUCGCUUUCACAAAACUUUACUUUACACUUACAAUCUUUGGUAGGAAGACAUGUGUCGAUACCUAUUACUGAGUCAGAAGGUUCUUGAAAUAACCCAUUAUCAAGUGUUUUGUUGAAUGAAUAAUUGCGCCCUAAAUGUAAGUCGUAUAUUUGUUUUAUUUCAGGUACACGCCCUGUUCGACCAAGAUUAGGUAAUGAUUCUGAUUAUGACUGAUCAUGAUUAUGUCGGAAUAUUUGAAUGACUUGAGGUUAACAAAUUAAAUCUUGAGAAUGACAUUUACAUUUCAUUUUGCUGGUGUGCCUUGACCGGCCCGAGUUAAUAUUGCUUGACAAAAUGUCACAAAGUAAGAUAGAAAAUACGGAAUAUCUAUUUAAGAUCAUGGAUUAGUUGGAUAUACCUUGAAACUUUGGUGAAUAGCAUCUUACGAAUCGUGGCUACUUUAAAUUAGAAACUGUAGCGUAGCGAUGAUUUGUUUAGGAUCUAAAGCAACCCCGUUGGAAAAGAAAGUUUGCAUUUAUAUUGCCUCCAUACAUUCAGCUUUGCCCGUCAAUUGAUGACGAUCGUCGAAUGCCAAGACUUUGUUAUUGAGAAAACUUUUGAUCUGUUUAGGAAGUUAAAGUUUCAUCAUGCAGUAGGCUUCUGCUUCAUGAUAUAAUCUGUUUCGAUAUUUUGAACUGAAAUUACUUAUCAACUUAUUAAAUCCAAUUUCGUUUCAGGACGUGUACGUGCUACAGCUGUAUACCCUUUGACGUCCCGAACGCGUGGUCGAGAUAUCAGCCGUUUCAGAAAUCCACCAGGAAUUGUCAGAAACGUUAGAUUUGCUCCAGGUCCAGAUGGAAAACCUAGUGGCUCUUAUUAUUUUCUUGGACGAUCCUACAGUUAUAUUCAAUUUCCAAAUCGAGGAAGGUUGGACACAAGAGGAUCCAUCACACUCUUGGCGUGGAUCUACCAUCAGGGCCACGCAGGGCCUAUCUUUAACUAUAUGCCAAAUGGCUGGGGAGUACACUUCUGGAUGGUUACACCUAAAAUGCUGUUUGCACGGUUUACGCGUCGAAGGGGACGCCGUUUUACAAAGGCGGUGACCAGCAGACGAGUACGACCUAGACAAUGGCAGUUUGUUGGUGCAGUUUACAAUCAGCGAACAGGACGCGCCAAGUUGUUUGUCAAUAACAGGUUCACUGCCAAUAAGUAUAUUGGUCGAAUAAGAUUGGCUACUAACUACCCCGUCAGGAUGGGAGCUCGUAUUGGAGAUAGAAGGUAUUUUCGGGGACGAAUCUCCUGUAUGCAAGUAUUUUCUCGAGCUCUUACCGCCAAGCAGAUCUUGCGCCGAAAGUGGAAGUGCUCCAGAAGAGGUAAUUUUUUAAAUAUUUCAUUUAUUUAAUCAUCAGAAUAGUUGCAGGAAGUAAUAAAUUACAAUAGAGAUUUGGUUACAGUGUUGACAAAUCUUUAAUUUACUGUAGGCAGUGUUCGACCACCUAUACCGCCAAGAAGGGGUAAGUCACUCCCUGUUUGUAGAGUUUGUUCAGUUUUACCUGAGAAAUACUAGAAUAAGAUGUUAACCUAUUUACUAGAAAAUGUUAGUGAAGCACUGAAAGUACUGAAACGGGAGUGUUUGAACAUCUUAAAUAUUUUUGCGUACUUGUAGGAGAGAUAAUGAAUAUCAUUAACAUAUCAGAUUAUCAUAUCGUUUCUAUGUCAAUAUUCAAAUGCUGUUUUCCUUCACUAUGUUUGAUUCGUUCUGUUUCUCAACAAUUAUUUCGGGGCAAAUACCCUUCAAUUGUUACAUGCAGUCAAUGUCUGUAGUGCCACAGGAUGCGUGGCAUCAAACUGUAUUGACCAGUAUCUCUGUUUUUGCAGGAAGAACUUUGAGAAUCACUGUUAACUUAAUAGGUAAGGAAAUUGCCCUAUAUAAUGUAUUCUGUUUAGUGUUUGAGACGGAGUGGAAUAGUCCAGAGAUUUAUCAAAGAGCAGGAGAGUGAAAAAGGUGCAUACAGACAAUGCAUGUUUGAAAACUGUUGUCAGUAAUUGACCUGUUGCACAAAAUUAACAUCCUUCCAGAAAUCGUUUGAUUUUUAUUGGUAAUUUUUUACCUUGGUGUUCCCUUAACGUGUUCUCCGCUAAAGUCAAAACCAGUUCCUUUUGCUUUGGUUAUAAGGCUAAUGCCCUUUAGUACCGUUAUAGUUUCAUUGAUUGAUUCAUUAUUUUUCCACACGUCUGACUCAAAGGGUUUUUUUUUUUCGCAUUGUAAGUAUUGUCGCUAGAUGUCUGAUGCAAACCAAUGAUAGCUUCGACACAUGCAAGAACCAAAGCAAGCUGUUGAUUCGUUGCUCCCAUUUAGUAUGUGAAGUUGAUUUGAACGAUAAUCAGAUCCCUGCCCGCGUUGUCUUUGAUUCGGGGUAGUGUGAUGAUGGGUAAUUAUAUUAUCCUGGUAGUUCUUGCUCUCUUCUGUGUUAUUACUUUAAUUCCCUCGAAAAGAAAAUUUAGUCAAGAUUGAUUCUGUUUGAGCGCCAUCCCAUAUAUUCGUACUUGUUUACAGCUGGGUGUGCAGACCAAUACUUUUAGUUAUUUCUUUUUAUAUAAACACUGGUUUUAAGGGUUUCAUGUGGUCGAUCUGGAAACUGUCUCCAAUUUUAGUUGUGAACACUAAAAGUAUCACGCUCUCUAGAUACCGUUAGUUUGAUUCAGUUUCGGCUUUGGUUUUCCACUACCAUCCAUCGGUUUUCAUCCACUUUAGCAAAGAGCAUCGGUUGCUUCAGAGACACAGGCCGACGAGCAAUACAAACACUGGAAGGAAGAAGUCGCUUGUUAAGAGGAGGCUAUCGACGAAGACGUCAUGCAAUUGAGAAAUGUGCUCUAGCUGCAAUCCGACGAGGUUGGAGAGUGUUUGCGGUCCAACAUCAAGGAUGGUGUGCGUCCUCAAGAACAGCUCAUUUGACGUACAGAAAAUAUGGUACAUCUAACCGAUGUAGAAACGGAAAAGGGGGGCCUUGGGCCAAUGAUGUCUAUGUUUUGAGAGGUAAAUACCAUGAUUUAUAUUAAAUCACGGUAAAGGCAACACGUAUUAGUAGUCACAUACCUUUAUUUACUUUCUUUCUAUCGCAUAUAAAUGUCGUGUUGCAUUCGUUACCAAAAAGUUCUUCAACAGUCAGGUAGCGCAUUUAAUUGUAGGAGAGACUAUUAAUUGAUAUGAGAAAGUCGUCAUUAAGGAGCACUCAACUCUCCCUUUUUGUUUCUCUAGGAUCAUGCAGCAGACGCACGACUACCAACUUCUGUUGCGUGUUUCCGUUUAUUUAUAAGGGCAGAAGAUAUAGAAGCUGUACCAGAGCAAAUUCUCCCAAGCGUCUGUGGUGUGCUACGUCUCCGAACUAUGACUUAGAUAAGCAAUGGGGCUACUGUCCAGGUGGAGGAGGAAGAGGUAAUAAUACUUUCUUCCUGUAAAAUUCACAAAUCUAAGAAGUGGAGGAACGAGCACGCGAAAGUAUACAAGUGUCAGGGAGGUGCCAAGUUACAAUGUCAAAUUUUAACUGAACAUGAUUUUUGUCAGGUGUAAAUAAAUACCUGCAGAAAUUUCCUAAAAAUGUCGUGUAAAACUUCUGUCUAAACCCUGAUGUUUGUACCAUUCACCAAAUCUGCUCGGGUCUUUUCUUCUCGUCUUCACUUUAUAGGAUCAUCAGAUAGAGAAGAUAAUUGUCGCCGCUCAAGACUUGCAUAUGUUUUCAAUUUUUUAAAAGCACGAUAGGCAACGUGACGUCAAACAUUUUUAACUGGCCUGACUUUUUGAACAGCUACUGGAAGUUUAUGUUUAACUUGAUUAUUUCUGUUUGCAGCACCUAAGAUAAGACUAACGCCACCGCUUAAACGUGAGUAUACUUGACCGGUUUACCAAUUAUAUUGUUUAAUGCAUGAUCUUAACACCACGUUCUUUAGGCCGCAGCAGUUACAGCUUUCGCAUGGGCAAGGAAUAAAACAGCCGAAAUUAAUAGUUUUAUUUAAAAAAGUUAUCUCAAAGAUACUAGCAACCUAACCGUUUUUCAGCUAUCCUUUAUCUACCGUCUGUUUCUUUUCUUUUACUUUUCUACUUUUUAUUCAUCUUUAGACAUUUUUUCAGGUACAUACGUACGCACGUACCAGCGUACAAGUAGGUCUUUUGAUUGACUUUAGGCUCGUGAAGCCAAAUCAAAAGACAUUCCACGUAUGUAGGAAUAUGCAUUUGAAGCUCACAAGAGAUUACAAACACUGGACUGAGCUUCAGACAAUCUUGGACAUCUUUCUUUAUCUCUACAGUCCAAAGGAUUGGCUGUUUUAAAGACACCUAUCGCAGAGCCAUUCCUCAACUGGACGGCAGAAGUGUGCUUCUCAGGGGUAACUAUCAGCGACGUAAGAGAGCUAUUGAAAAAUGCGCCUACACAGCGAUCAAGUACGGCUAUACAAUUAUUGGAGUCCAGAACGGUGGCUGGUGUGCAUCAGGACCACGAGCCUUGAAAACCUUUGCAAAGUAUGGACGAUCCAACCGAUGCAGGAACGGAAAGGGAGGACCAUGGGCUAAUGACGUCUACAGGAUAAUAGGUAUAAAGAGAAUUACUCUAAUGCUAGAAAAGUAACACCUGUUUUAAAUUUUGAAGGCAUCGUUUGGGAAAAGAACAUCGAUUGUCAAUAUACAACCUGCCUGUGGUUUGCAGCAUCUUUCAAAAACAGAGAUAUAAGGAAAGUAGGGCUUAUUGAAGUUUUAUCGGGUCUUGCUUUUAUGUUUUAACAAGCAUUCACUGGAGGGUGGAUUGUUAUUAUUUUAGAUGAUUCAUUUAGUCAGCACUAAUUAUGGGAGUUAGAUGAGAGGAAGAAAGUUUUCUAGGGGAGGCUGUUAGCAAAGUUAGCGUUUGAAUCAGUAAAUUAGCAGGUCUUUUCCACAGACAGAGUCUGUUCCUCUCGAGCAUUUCCUUCCCAAAUUCUAGCAGAUGUUUUCUCCUCAGAUUUUACCCAACCCAGAUUUAUCAAGUUCAAAUACUUAACAACAGCGGCUUCAUUCUAAAAUCAUAGGUUAAGUACCAGUCACAAUAUUUUGUAAUUCACUCAGUCACAAUAACCUUUGACCCGUUUUUACCACAUUUAUUUAUUGAUUCAUUUAUUUGUCAGGCAAAUGCCGGAAAAGGUCAACAAGUGGUUAUUGCUGCGUCUUUCCAUUUGUAUAUCGACGGCGUCGUUACACCCGUUGUGCAAGGACUCGUAGGGGGAGACCUUGGUGCGCUAUUACUCCAGACUAUAGACCUGGCAAGCAAUGGGGAUACUGCAGAGGAGGACGAGGUAAGUGACAGUAAUGAACCGAGAAUAAUGUAUUUGAAAUUGAAGCAAACACAUAAAGUAGUGGAGCAUAGAGAUUGGUCAGCAUUACUUGGUCAAUAAAGAGGACUAUAGAGUAAUGAUAGUCCCAUUCAACUGAUCAAAUAACGCACUUUUUCUUUCAUUCUUUUCUUUUUCUUAAGCUCCUCCGUUAAGAAUAAGUGGAGUAUCAAGUAAGUAAUUUAACUUUUAAUUUUUUGCAUCAGUUAUUUCCGAUCUUUAUCAUAUUUUACCGAUAAUAAACAUAACAGUCAAGACAAUAAUGAUAAUAAUACCUACGUUAGGCCAUUUAACUAACAAUAUUUUGGGAAGAGUAAAGAGGGGUGGUUGACUUAAUGUGAUUCACAUCCGCUGGGUGUUUAGGUAGUAAGCACAGUAAGAGUUAUGUCGUCUUUAACAUUUUUAUCUAGAAUUUUCUUUCAAAUAUUAAAUUGAAAUUUCGUGCAUCAUUUUGAAUCAGUUCGAUCUCUUGGCUGUUAUCGGGAUACCGGUCGCCGAGCCAUUCCACAGAUGGAUGGACGUAGCAUAUUAGUCAAAGACUAUUACCGAAGAAGAGCAGACGCCAUCUUAAAAUGCGCCUUGGUUGCUAUGAAACACCGCUGGCCAGUUUUCGCUGUGCAACAUCAAGGAUGGUGUGCCACAGGCGUUAGAGCUCACAUGACUUACCGGAAGUACGGAAGAUCCAAUCGAUGUAGGAAUGGAAAAGGAGGUCCAUGGGCUAAUGAUGUGUAUAGAAUAUCUGGUACGUUCCAAUAUAAACUAAAGCAACAUUAAUGGACUAAUUUUUAAGCCUUGCUUGAACUUGUCUCUCAAAUAUCUCUUGGCUUGGUUUUCCCACUAUUAACAGCAUCCUGUGAUUUUAUCUUUCAGGCUUCUGCCGAAAGAGGACGACGAAGCGGUAUUGCUGUUCUUUCCCAUUCAUUUACAAAGGUCGUCGUUAUAACAGUUGCACCAGGAGAAAACACAGUCGACCAUGGUGCGCACUGACACCCAACUACGAUAGAGACAAGAAAUGGGGCAACUGUGCUGGAGGUAAAGGUGACAUACAUUAUAACCGGCAAUGCUCAACAGAACACUUGAAAGUACACGAAAGCGGUUUCUUCAUUACCCCCGAAUAAUAUGAUAUAGUAAUGACGUCGGUUAACAGGAUGCCAAUCCCUAUACAAACCAAUAGCUGUUGCGAUAUGUCCUAGUACAGUCCAUUCUUUGAAAUAGAUCCGUUCUACUGUUUGUUAAGACCAAGCCAUGCAUAGACCAGUUGUACACUAGCAGCCCCGCAUUCGUAGUUAAAUGAGGCGAUUAAAAGGUCUUAAUUUACUUGAAUCUGUUUUUCUAAUUAAAGUCACUGAUAACUAUUGUUGCUAUCACAUUUUUUCUUUCUUAUAGGACGCCCUGUCAGACCCCUACCGGUUGUCCCCCCAAGAGGAGGUUGGUUUAAAAUCUAUCAGGCUGUGAAGUCUUUUUCAAAAUGUCACUUUCAUUCUAUUUUAUUUGUUUGAAGAGAACCGACACAGCACAUCCCAAAAUAGAUUCAAACUCUCACAAAUCGCACCUAACCUUAGAAAUUAAUACAUUUUUCUCGCUUCCCUUCCUGAAAUUCAAC